AUGUUUGGCCCUAUUAAUGAUGUACUUGAUGCUAUUGCUGUUAACACAUGUUUUGAAGAAAAGUGCAGAGCAAAGGGAUGUUUAAAAGCAUGUUUAACAUUUGAGAUUGUCUUCAUGUUGCAUUUCAUGUGCACUAUUUUAGCAAUCACAAAUGAGCUUAAUACAACUUUUCAAAGGAAGGAACAAGACAUUGCAAAUGCCAUGAUACUUGUUGGAGUAUCAAAAAAUCGACUGCAAGUAUUGAGGGAUAACGGUUGGAAUUCUCUUAUUGAUGAAGUGUCAAAAUUUUGUACCAAAUAUGAUCUAUUGACACCUAAUUUUGAUGAGCUUUAUGUUAUUCUUGGAAGAUCACGCUGGAGAAUUGCAAAAUACACUAUUUUACAUCACUAUCGUGUUGAAGUAUUUUAUAAAAUUAUUGAUUGGCAACUUCAAGAACUCAAUAAUCGCUUUGAUGAGGUGACUAUCGAUUUGUUUCUUGGAAUCGCUUGUUUGAAUCUAGUUGAAUCAUUUUCAAGCUUUGAGAUGGAAAAGAUAUUGAAAUUGGCCGAGUUAUAUCCUGAUGAUUUUGAUAAACAUUCUAUGGUUGAUCUUCAUUCUCAGCUUGAGAAUUAUAUAAUUGAUGUUCGGGAUCAUGAUAAAAGGUUUUCCAAUCUUAAGGGACUCAGUUAUUUUUCCAAGAAACUAGUUGAGGCAAAAAAGCAUAGAACUUAUCCUCUUUUGUUUCGACUAGUGAAAUUUGCUUUACUAUUGCCAGUUACCACUGCUACAGUUGAAAAAACCUUAUCUGCGAUGAAAUUAAUUAAGUCUGACUUAUGA